AUGCCAUCGUCAGGGGAAACAGAACAGUUGCGUGAUUUGCUCGUCAAGAUUCGUCAGGACGAACUGGACGCUCAGUUGACCUCGCUAACACCAGAAGACGCGUUUGAGAUUGGGUCCGCGAUUCGGAGCGUAUAUUAUGGAGUCAACGAAGUAGUACCAACAUUAAAGAGUGAAGAAGAACACAUUAAGACGUAUGGACACGCCAUCUACAGCGACCUCCCAGCGUCGAGCGGAAUCGUGAUCCAUCUCGAAACAUUUACUGGACAUAAGCUGUUUACUGCGACAGCUGGAGAGCCCAGUGCCGUCAAACCAGAUAAUUGGAUCUGGGUAGAAGGCAAGAAGAAUAUCGUCAAGCGAUUCCACAGGAGUAGCUAUGCCGUCGGUCGCGAGUGCAUGCUCAAGGGAAAGACUCCUGAAGAGGCUGGCUAUCGGCUCCCAGAAUAUUCUGCUCACGGAGGAGGAAUGCCUCUUUGGAUCAAAGGUGUUACUGUGGCUCCUAUUGCCGUUGUUGUCGUCUCCGGUCUGCCCCAGCAGAUGGAUCACCAGCUCAUUGUUGAUGGCAUUCGCUUUUACCUUGCACAAAAGGGUAAUGCGCAAUAG